AUGUAUGGCAGGCCGAUUAAAAUUACUUCGGUUUUGUCUGAGUUUAACAUCAAGAAGUUGCGGGUCAUUGGUUUGUUGACCUCCAGGAAGCAGAGCGUCUGCGUGAGCGGCAGCAUCCGGCUCCGCGUGUUGGAGUCCCGCUCCGUGGACAAGGAGCAGCUCUCCUACCCGGUGGGCGUCGUGGUGGGAGAGCGCCUCCGCCUGCCGUGUCCGCUGGUCCGAGACUUCAACCACACGGAGCUGACCUGGAGCAAGGAUCCCGGCCUCCCCCCCUCUUCCGCGGGCUCCUUCCUGCAGGCCGGAGGCCGCCUCCUCAUCCCCGCCGUGCGGAGGGCGCACGCGGGCGCGUACACGUGUCGGCUGCGCGCGCACAUCGAUGAACGGCAGUACGAAGUCAGCAGGAGCGUCACGCUGGAGGUGGAAGGUGACGACCCCCUCACCACCUCUGUGGCUGACCUCUCCGUGACCUCUGACCCUGAGCUCAGCAACUUCCUCGUUAUUAAACCUCCUGUGAUCCUCUCACCACGGAAUGGAGACGUCUUUGAAAGUCCUCACGGUUCAGAUCUGGAGUUGUCCUGCACGGUGCUGGCUGAAUGUCACAUGGUGGACGACACUGUGGUCACAUGGCUGGCCAACAACCAAUCAGUGGAGUCCUCCUACCUCCAUGGUCGGGCUCUGCAGGGGGGAAGGAGGGUAAUGAGCGUGUCCGGCGGCUGCCUCAUCGAGUCGAGGCUGGCGGUCGUCAUGGUGACAGAAGAGGACGAGCAGGCGCAGCUGAGCUGCGUGGCUCAGAGCGCAGGCGGCCGACAGGAAGUGGUCACGAGGCUGCAGCUGCAGGGCUCCACCUCCACGUGGCUGCAGGUGUCGGCGGUGGCCGCUUCCUGCUUCCUGUCCGUGGUGUGCCUCUUCCUCUUCCUCCUCUUCAAGGCCCGAGGGAGGAAGACCCCGGAGUACUUCCUGGCUCCUCAGAGCUUCACUUGAAGACAUUUCAUAGCGUUGUUCUAAAGUAUUGUUAUUGUUUGUUGUUGACCAUAUUUAUCUAUUAUGUAUUUUGUAUUGUUUGUUUUAUUUGUAUUUUUUG